UCUCCUCGUUCCGUCCACGCAUAGUGUCAUAAGCCAGACGUGUAAAAAACCGUUGUUUGGAUGCCUGGAAAAUUCUAGCAAACCUCAUACAAAACCCUGCAUUUUCCCCGAGAAAAAGCAGGACAUGGUGCUUUCUUUUGCUUCAAAUGAACUGAUAGAAAUCCUUUGAUGGUGCAGAGGUAGUUGGUUGAAGAAAUUAAUUGAAUUCAGUUUACAAUUUAAGACCGAUGGCUGUGUCAGAAGCAUUUCUACAUUUAGAUCCUAUGCUUUUAUUUAAAUCUGGUGCAAAUUUUGGAAAACAAAGAAAUUUAGGGUUGGUAGAAUUCCAUUAUAGUUUAGGAACAUCGCAAAAUGGAAUAAAGAGCUAUGCUUUUUCGAGCGUUGGUUAUUAUAGUACUGAUAGAAAGAACAGAACAAAAAGAUCAUGUUUUUCGAGAUGCAAAUGCCAAAAGGCUGAUAGUAUUAGUGAAGUAACAGCGGAUGAUGGAAGGCCCACUUCACUUUCCAUAAAUGGUAGGACUAAUGUGAAUAAUGCUCAAGAGUUUGAGUUGAACCAACUCUUGAAAUCUGAUAAGGAAGGGUUUGCCAAUGGUGACACAAAUGGGGUUGGAACAGUUAUAGAUAGUAGGAAGUCGAUUGAGGAAGAAGCGUGGGAUCUGCUGAAGGAGUCUGUUGUUUACUAUUGUGGUAAUCCAAUUGGAACAAUUGCUGCAAGUGAUACAAGCAGCUCCAGCAUUCUGAACUAUGAUCAAGUCUUUAUCCGUGAUUUCAUACCUUCGGGGAUAGCUUUUCUUUUGAAGGGAGAGUAUGAUAUUGUUCGGAAUUUCAUUCUAUACACACUUCAGUUGCAGAGCUGGGAGAAAACCAUGGAUUGUCAUAGUCCUGGUCAGGGACUGAUGCCUGCCAGUUUCAAAGUGCGCACUGUUCCACGUGAUGGUGAUGAUUCUGUGACUGAAGAUGUCUUAGACCCUGACUUUGGUGAAGCAGCAAUCGGGCGUGUUGCUCCAGUUGAUUCUGGAUUAUGGUGGAUUAUACUAUUACGAGCAUAUGGAAAAUGCACAGGAGAUCUUUCAGUGCAAGAGAGGGUUGAUGUGCAAACUGGGAUCAAAAUGAUCUUAAAGCUCUGUCUUGCUGAUGGCUUUGACAUGUUUCCAACUUUAUUAGUGACAGAUGGUUCUUGCAUGAUAGAUCGUCGCAUGGGAAUCCAUGGCCAUCCUUUGGAAAUUCAGGCACUUUUUUAUUCGGCAUUACUCUGUGCACGUGAGAUGCUUGCUUCUGAGGAUGGUUCAGCUGACCUUAUAAGAGCCCUUAACAAUCGUUUAGUUGCAUUAUCGUUUCACAUCAGAGAAUAUUACUGGAUUGACAUGAAAAAGCUUAAUGAAAUCUACCGUUACAAGACAGAGGAAUACUCAUUUGAUGCUGUUAAUAAGUUCAACAUCUACCCAGAUCAGAUCCCUCCCUGGUUGGUGGAAUUUAUGCCUGCCAGAGGAGGUUAUUUGAUUGGAAAUCUGCAGCCAGCUCACAUGGAUUUCCGUUUCUUUUCACUGGGAAAUUUAUGGUCUAUUGUAGGCAGUCUUGCAACAGUUGAUCAAUCACAUGCCAUAUUGGAUCUUGUUGAAGCAAAAUGGUCAGAAUUGGUGGCAGAUAUGCCAUUGAAAAUUUGUUAUCCUGCUCUUGAGGGCCAGGAAUGGCGAAUUAUCACAGGCAGUGAUCCCAAGAACACUCCCUGGUCAUACCAUAAUGGAGGUUCUUGGCCAACUUUGUUGUGGCAGCUCACUGUGGCAUGCAUAAAGAUGAAUAGACCAGAGGUUGCUGAAAAAGCUGUCAUGCUUGCUGAGAGACGCAUAUGUAGAGACAAGUGGCCAGAAUAUUAUGACACUAGAAGAGCAAGAUUUAUAGGAAAGCAGUCGCGGUUGUUUCAAACAUGGUCUAUUGCUGGAUACCUUGUGGCAAAGCUCCUCCUUGCUAACCCUAGUGCAGCAAAGAUUCUUAUAAAUGAGGAGGACGCGGACCUAGUAAAUGCGUUUUCUUGCAUGCUCAGUGCCAACCCAAGGAAGAAACGUGGCCAAAAGGGAUUCAAACAGCCCUUCCUCAUAUGAGCUUGAAUGAUACUUUUAAAGUUUCCCAUGGAGAAUUCAGCUCUCUGAAUCUUUUGAAAGUGAGAUUGUUCCAUACGUAACUAAGUUCAUACAUUGUAUUUCUAUACUAUACAGACAUUGUAACAUAGUUCUGUUUUGGCAAGUGUAGUUGCUGUAAGCAUGUCCUGUCCACUUUCUGGUUUUCAGGUAUCCAUGUAUAAUUAUACAUAUGCAAGGUAACACUUAUUUUCCUUGUUUGAAUAUUGUGGAUAAACAAAAACAAAUGAAUGUUACCUUUUUGCUUUUUUAGGCCAUCUGCUCUGGAAUCUGGAGCAGCAACA